AUGACGAUGGACGUGGGCCAGAAGUUGACUCACGACCAAGAGGAGGAGAGAGAGUGGGAGCUUUACACGGCGUUCAUGAACACAGCCAUGAUGACGGCGCCCUCGACGACGCCCAAGCGACCGCUAGAACCCCCAAGCAAGCUUCAGAAGACAGACCCCAGGCAGGGCAAAGGCAAAGGAAAGGGCAAAAAGGGCGGAGGCAAGGGCAAAGGCAGUGCCAACAGCAGUCAGACAAAGGACGAGGAAGUCGCCCAGCUUUGGACCCUGUGCCACAUGAUGAUUCGCCUGAUGGUACGGCACGAGGACUCGAUCAAGACCCUCAUGCUGGACGCAUCCUUCGUCAUCUGGAUGCGCACCGGCUUGCCGGGCGGAGUCCCGGAGGCCCUGUUUGCGGUGGCGACCAAGUGGAAGGCCGAUCGGGAAAGAACUCCUCCCGCAUCCCCGCUGCGGCUCACCCUGUGGAUGUGCGUUUGGCGCGAAUUUCUGCAGCGACUGCAACCGGCUCGCAUGACACAGGAGAUCCAAACCAACAUGAAGAAGCUUGGCUUUCUCACCGACGAGGGCAAGUGGAACUUCCUUCGGUGGGACCCGGAUCAGGCCAAGCUGGUCCCGGACACCACUCGCCCACCUUUGACGGCGACGGCGGCGAUCGAGCUGGUGGAGAACGUGAUCCGUCUGGCCACGGACUCCCAGCUGCUGACUCGGUUCGCCCCCACCAGGCCUCUGGCGUCGGAACUCAAGCGCCCAUCGAUCACCUUCCUGGCGUCGGUGUCCAAUCGCUCCACACCGAGCGAUCAAAUGCAUGCCUCCCUCGCGGAGCUCUGCGGCAGCGGCUGCUGUCAGGUGAUCGGCAUGUCCAUCAAACCCGAAAGAUUGACGAGGUCCCCUCUUGCCCAGCAGAUCUACAAGUACCUGCCUGUCGACGACGUAGUCCAGCUGAGGAUGCGCCUCACUAACGGCUCAAACCUCUGCUAUGCGAACGCCUCACUUGCAGCCUUGCUUUGGUGCAGUCGUGCAUGCACUCAGGCGGUGAUUCCGAGAAAUGUGUUCAUCGCUUUGGAGGCUUGCGUACUAGGACGGCAACCUUUUGGCCUGUGGAGCCUGCUUGGUUGGCAACAGCUCCUCGCUGAUUGGAGGAAUCCUCGAGAGCAGCACGAUGCUGCUGAGUUUGUGCAACACCUUCAGGCGCGCAUGCAGACUCCUGCACUUCAAGGACUGUGGCAAGCCCGCGAUUCCCAUGAUCAGGUGCGGGAUUCGGGAGACACCUGUCCACUUCUUUUGACCGCGCCUCUGUUAAGCCACUUAUCUGUCCAACAGCUUGUCGAUUUGUGGCACACUCAGGCCCCGGCGCAUGCUCUGCUGCAGACGCCAGAAUGCCUGAUCCUCCAGCUUGCACGGUUUGAUGUUGACGAUGCCGAUGCCCAGAAGGUUUUAGAGCCUGUUACUCUCGACCCCGUCUUGAAGGUUCCUUACUUUUCGGGCCACUCCACUAGGGUUUCUAAGUACCACUUACGAGCGGCCAUCGUCCACAUUGGCCCCCGAAUGGCAACUGGCCAUUACAGAGCGGCUCUGUUUGAGGAUAUGGCGCGUAAGGUUUUCUACACUGACGACAACCGUGUUGCUAAGCUUGCCAAACCCGCCGAACUUGCUGAGAUAUAUGCGAAUGCUUACCUUCUUUGCUAUACCAAAGAGCCACGCUCGGUGCCAUCUCCUUAG